GCCGAGGGCUGCGGACGCUGCGGGCUGCGGGCCGGGCGCUGUAAGAUGGCGGACAUCUCCCUGGACGAGCUCAUCCGGAAGCGCGGGGCCGCGGCCAAGGGGCGGCUCAGUGUCAGACCUGGAGUUGGCAGUGUUCGAGCGCGUGUCGGGCUCCAGCAGGGCCUUCUCGGCCAGCCCACACGCACAGCCACCUUCCAGCAGAGAUUUGAUGCCCGGCAGAAGAUUGGCCUGGCCGAUGCCCGUCUCAAGCUGGGAGUCAAGGAUGCCCGAGAAAAGCUUUUGCAGAAAGAUGCACGUUUUCGCAUCAAAGGGAAAGUGCAGGAUGCCAGAGAGAUGCUGAAUUCCCGCAAGCAGCAGAGCAGCACCGUGCUCCAGAAGCCCCGCCCAGUGGCUGAUGCCCGGGAGAAGAUCAGCCUGAAGCGGAGUGCCCCGGCCUCCUUCAUGAGCCCCCCCAUCGGGACGGUGACCCCUGCUCUGAAGCUCACUAAAACCAUCCAGGUUCCACAGCAGAAGGCCAUGGCACCGCUUCAUGCCCAUCCUGCUGGAAUGAGGAUCAACGUUGUCAAUAACCACCAAGCCAAACAGAAUAUAUAUGACUUGGAUGAAGACGAUGACGUCAUAGCUCCCAUUCCUAGUAAGCAGAUGAAGUUCUCAGCAUCAGGCAGCUUUCUCCACCGUGUGACUGGGGUGAGCAGUUCUAAGAUUUCCGUGGCCAAGGCACUCCCCCUCACCAAAGUGGUUCAGAAUGAUGCGUACACUGCUCCUGUUCUCCCCUCCUCCUUCCGAACAAGAGCCUUGUCCCGGACGCUGGUGAACAAGGAGGAGCCUCCCAGAGAGUUGUUGUCUGCGGAGGUGAGAGGAAAGCCUAUCUUCAGCCCGCUGGAAGGCACCAAGAUGACUGUGAAUAAUCUGCACCCUCGUGUCACCGAGGAGGACAUUGUUGAGCUCUUCUGCGUGUGCGGAGCCCUGAAGCGGGCUCGGCUGGUCCACCCGGGGGUGGCAGAGGUGGUCUUCGUGAAGAAGGAUGACGCUAUCACUGCGUACAAGAAGUAUAACAAUCGCUGUCUGGAUGGACAGCCAAUGAAGUGCAACCUUCACAUGAAUGGGAACGUCAUCACUUCGGAGCAGCCCAUCCUGCUCCGGCUGAGCGACAGCCCCAUAGUGAAGCGGGAGAGUGAGCUGCCCCGCAGGGCGAAUCCCGCCUCCUUGGCCCACACUCCGCCUGAAGUGGAUCCUGACACCAUCCUGAAGGCGCUCUUCAAGUCCUCGGGCGCCUCUGUGGCCACUCAACCCACAGAGUUCAAAAUAAAACUUUGAGCAGGGCCAGCAGCCCAGAGCGGGGGCAGAGCGGGGCUCUGCUUCCCCCAGCAACACUUCUGACCAACGGGCCGUGGGACUGAGGCCCGAGCUGCGCACAGGCGGGUGAUGGGUGGGGCCCCCUGUGCUGUUUUGCCCCGUGCUGCUUGGCACUCGUUCCCAUAGUGUUUUUCUCCCCUGCCUCGUCACCCAGGUAGGUUGUGUUUCGAUUGUCGCCCAGCCCCUGACACAUUUCAGCCCUGUAAAUGAAGCCCUCAGUCCUCAGGAUGGCUUUCUAGUGGCCCACGGAUUGUGGGAGGCCGUUUCAAGGGUACUAAGGAUUCUGCUUUCUCCAAGGGGAAGGAGCUGUCUUUUGGUUUUGGUUUUGAGUUUUUAUUUUUUUGUUCGUUUAAACCUUUGCAGACAAAUCUAGGAGUGUAUGUCCUGCCAUCGUGGUUCAGGUCACAUCAGCUCGGGAGCAGUGUGAGGGGUCUGGGUGGAUCUGUCACCGGUGGGCCCCUUGUCCCCUGACCAUAGUUGACGUCACACUGUGUGGGCUAGGGAGCGCCCAUUGCAAGGGCAGGGUUCUGCUCUUUCCUCGCUGGAGGGCUCAGACUGACACAGAGCUUGCACUGCCCUCCAGCUAUGCCAGGGGACCCACCUCUCUGGGCCUCACUCGGCGUACCCUGGCUUGUGAUCGUCCUCCACUUCCUCGGGUGGCCAGUUGGGAUUGUGCUGAUGACAGAUUUGGCCUGCUCUGGGUCUUCUGAUCUGACCUCAGAUGUUUGCAUGACAGUAGUUGGGAGGCCGAGAGACAUGUCCAGCUGCCACCUAGAGGUGCCACUUAAGCCCAUUCCUGUUUGUGACUCCACCUAGCCCAGAGGGUAUUGUAUUUCUCAGCCAGGCAGUGGGAGGGGCAGGCAGGUAGCAGCCUUCCAGGCAGCUGGGGAAAGCAGUGGCCCCAGGACUGAGUGCCAGGACACUUGAGUCAUUCUUCCUGCUGGGCCAUCUGGACUGUUGUGGGAAUGCAGGCCCCUGAGAGAGAGGAACAGUUCGGACAGCAGUCUGGGCUUGUUUCAGAAUCAGCCGCAGUUCCUGGGAAGGUUAUCGCUCAGGAAAGGGGACCCUGAACGCUCAGGGACUCCUGUGACCUGCUGGCGGCCAGUGCAGCAAAGAAAAAUAUGGACACUCCUGUUUGUGCAGAGUAUGCUGUCAAGCAGUAAGCUGGCAGGGUUGGCUUCCUGCUCUGAGGUUUUCCAGGCCCGGGAAGCUCAAGGAAUGUGGCUGCUGCUCCACUGGUUCUGUGGGAGAGCUUCUUUAGCUCUCUGCCUCCCUCUGAGGGGACAGCUGUUUUCAGCCGCUGGCAGAUACUCUCUGCUCGGUCCUGGGCAGUAAGAGCACCUAAGGCAGCGGGACCUGGCUUCUCGGGUACUGGGGAAAGUGGGGGGUGGUAGAUGUCCUGCCUGCAUGGCUCUCUUCCGGCUCUGCCCAGGCUGGCCACGCUGGGUGUGAGGUGGACCAAACCAUCUUCACAGAGUGGCCAUGGGGUACUUUGUGGGAUGGUGUGUGUGUGUUUCCCCGCUCUACAGGAUGGCAUGGCAGGCAGGGAGGAGAAGGCGGUGGGCUAGUCCUUGCACCCUCCAUACCCCACCCCACCCCAAACAUUCCCAUCAGUGUGUCGUGCAAAAGGAAAGGAAGAGGCAUUACUGGAUGGAGACUUCGUGUUAUUUACAUUUCUGAAUAAACGUUUGUUACUCCUA